AUGCGGACCGUUAUUCUGCUCCUUCUACUGCUGGAAAUGGUCUUCACUUGGUAUCCGCCUUAUCAUCUUGAUCGUUCCGACGGAUUAUCACCCGACUUUAUUGUCAAAAGUGGACGUGGAAGUUGGUUCUUUGCUUUGAAAGUUAAAAAAAAAGAGAUCUAUUCAAAAAUCUUUGCUGAGGUGUUUAAAGGAGCAUGAGGUCCUGAGACGAAGAGCCGUCAGAAAUUUUAUUUCAAGCGAUGCAAACCUUCGGCAUAUUCAGGCAACUCAGCAAAAUUUCUGAACAGGUUAUGAAUAAGACAACAAAAAUCAGAAAACUUUUCAAAAAAUUCAAUCGAUCGAAAAUACCAUCAUAACACUUCAGCACCAUAAAAGAAGUUCUAAACAUAUUCAAUUUCGAAAGAAAUAUAAGAAAAUACUGUAAAAGAAAAACAUGAAAAAAAUUUACUUAUACAGAAAAUCAUAAAUGUUUCUGAACGACUGAAAUUCAAGAAUAGUCUGUUCAAAAAGUCCUAUGCCAAAGUGUUUGAAAAGAGGCAGAGAAAAACUUUUUUUGAAAAUAAAGAAGCGAUUUUCCUUCAAACCCUUAAACACUUCUGAAGCUUUCAAACCCUCGACAAGGACUCUGGAACACGCCAUAAAUUCUGAACUGAAUAAAAUUAACGUGAACAAGUGAUAAUAAAAAAAACGUCGCGUUCAAACUGAUUUUCGAGGACUGGAAAUCUCAGAAUUGAGCUUUAUUUAUAUGGCUUCCGGAUAUUUGCAAUUAUUCAAUGUAUAAGCAAACUUUCACUGCUUGAAAACGACUCUGAACACGACAUAAAAAGCAAAAAAAUUUGAUUAAAUAAGGAAAAAUAUUAAAAUAAUUUUAAAAAAACUUCAUCAGACCACGUAAAAUGCGCCAGUGGGCACCUCUUGACGCAAAGCUUGUGAGAAAUGAUUUCCUUGAAAUAAUGGCUUUGGAAAGAAGAUUUCUGUGUGAUUUUCAUGGUUUUUUUUUAUAAUUAAUGUGAUUAGAAUUUGAGGGCUCAAGAAAAAUAAAUUUUUUUUACACGAAAAUCUUUUUUCAGGGCCUUUAACGCCGGAAACCGAAAACAAGCCGCCUUCCAACUACAACGGCGGCUGGAAUCGUUCUCCGGCGCCGUCCUUCGACGGAAUGUUCACCCGGCCCAUGAACGACAUCACACACGAGUACAACUACCACGUCAACUCCUACGGGAAUCAUCAUAAUCUCAAUUAUCCGGCUGGAAAUUCAAACACGGCCGCGAGACCGUAUGAGCCACCUAAUUGGCAGCAGAAUCAAGGUGUUGGACACGGCUGGAAUCAGAAUAACCAAGAUAGGAAUGUCCUGGGUCAGAAUAACCAAGGUGGAAGAGGUUGGAAUCAGCCUUUCCGAGGAAAAUGA